GAGAGAGAGGAGUCCCAGUGCUGUGCGCCUAUGUAGGCAUACCUGCCUGCCUGCCUCGAGGUAUCUCGUCUUUCUUUUGAACCUUCUUACUCGGUGGCGCCAUACUACAAGCCAACAUGGAGGCCGCCGGGUUGGCUCUCGGUGUGGUGACCAUCCUAAGUACCUUCAAGGAUGUGGCCGAGCUUUACGCGCUGUUUGUCGACUCAAGGAGGGUUGGGCGAGAUUAUGAGAUGCUCGACACCAAGCUGGAGGUUGAAAGGACGAUGCUUCUCCACUGGGCCGACCGUGUUGGCCUUCUUCGAAGCGACUACGACCCCCGACUGGAUGUCCCCAAUACGCAGGAGACCGUCUUCAGGGUCCUGGCCUGCAUCCGCACUCUUCUCAGUGACACGGCCCAGCUGAAGACGAGAUAUGGCCUCCAGGCCUUGGAAGCCCCGGACUCGGACACGCCGAUCAGCAUUGAGUCGGUUGCUUCUGAGGACACAAAAAAGACGAUCAGCGGCGCUCCGAUGGAACGAUUGACACGGGAACUCGACAAAUUGCGCUUGCGGCAGCAGCCCCCUCAGCAACCCAAACUCGUGAAGAGGUUCAGUUGGGCUGUCAGAGACAAGCAACAGUUCGGCAACCUGGCCAGUGAUCUCUCACAUUUUACUACAAAGCUCAACGACCUCCUUCCGGCCAACUCGGGCCCUUCGGUUGCCCAGAGCGAACCGCCACCCUACCAAGGGUUUCCCGGGCACUCCAGAGGACCGGGAACACUGAAUGGCGAGUCUGGUAUCGAGAAGCGCGGCAUCCCCAACACUGCUCAGGAUGUCGUCGACGAAAAGUACCAGGACAAAAUCCUGGAAACACUGUGGUUCCGGACCAUGGAAGCAAGGGAGGAAGAAAUCAAGUUCGCUCAUUCCAAAACGCUGAAUUGGGUAUUUGAGGCCCCCGAUGGCACAGUCGAGUGGGAUGACCUGUCAGAGUGGCUCAGGUCGGGGAAAGACAUCUAUUGGGUGUCUGGCAAGGCCGGCAGCGGCAAGUCAACGCUGAUGAAGCGGCUUUUUCACCACGAGCGCACCAAAGAGCUUCUCUCGGAGUGGGCAAAGGGUGGUCCAGUCCAUCUCAUCAGUUUCUUCUUUUGGAACCUCGGAACCCCUGAACAGAAAACCCAGGAGGGCCUCGCGAGGUCUCUCCUUCAUCAGAUCUUGUCGCGCCAUCCUUCCCUCAUCCGCGAGGCACUCCCGGGCAUGUGGAAGGAGCUGAACCGCACCAACGACACCGUCAGCCUGCCUUCCCUGGCCGAGGCGCGACGUGCUUUCCAAGUAGUGGCGGCGAAGGCGGGUGAGCUCGGCAAGUUCUGCUUCCUGAUCGACGGCCUCGACGAGUUUACCGGCGACUAUCGGAACGCGAUCGACUUCAUCGAAGACCUCACGGCCAACCCGGGCUUCAAAGCAGUGGUCUCGAGCCGACCCAUUCCCGAAUGCGUCGACGCGUUUGAGGACAACCCAGGGCUGCGGUUGAAUCAGCUUACGUACCCCGAUAUCUCCACCUACGUCAACGACGUUAUAGGCGGACACAAGUACAUGAAGAAGCUAAUGAAUCGACACCCAGCCAAGGCGCGGCAGCUAAUGGGAGCCAUUACCGCAAAGUCCUCGGGUGUGUUCCUAUGGGUUGUCCUCGCCUGUCGGUCGGUGCUUGCCGGGUUCGCCGACUACGACCGGAUAGACGAGCUAUGGCGUCGCGUGGACGAGCUCCCGCCGGAGCUGGAGGACAUGUUCAAGCUCAUGCUCUCCAAGAUCAACAAGCGCCACAGGGAGCAGGGAGCCUUCACCCUCCGAGUUUGCCACUCUCUCACCGUGGGUAUCGGCUCGUCAACCCCCUUUCAUGCGCUUGGAGACAUGAGUGCGGUUCCCCUUGCUCUCCUCUGCCAGGAGGACGCCGAUCCCGAGGUGCUCUCGGUAGGGGAAAAGGAGGCCCUCCGCGAUGAUCUCCAAGGUUGGCUGACCAGCCGAUGCGGAGGCUUGUUGGAAACACACCAAAAGCCUCAUCCUAAGGAUCCCCUCACUGGGACCUACGUCGAGUGGACGCACAGAUCCGUCGUCGAGUUCCUGAACGGCGACGGCACUUGGGAGUUGGAAUGCCUUCAUAUCGACGAAGAUCGACCCGGAAUCCCGGCGUCCUUAUCGCUUUACUAUCUGCAUACGAUCAUGCAAGAGGAUCAAAGGUCCAGGAUCCGCUACAAUGUGCUCUUUGCUGGCAUGCUCGACUGUGGUGCUUUUGCCGACGCGGAGGCCCCAGAGCGGAAGGAUCACAGCUUCUGGCGGAUUGACCCUUAUUUGGUUGAGAUGCGGCGUAUAGAUCCGAUCUUUGCGGACGCUUGCGACUUUUCGGUGUUAAAGACAUGGCUGGAUCGGCAUUUGGAUGCUAGCCAGGCCGCCUCCCACGCUGCUCUCCUCCUGGCGGCAGAAUCGGGCGCUGUGAAUUACAUGCAAGCACACCCUGACUUCACAUGGCUUUGCCAGUGGGAGGAAAGCCCUUGCGGCUGCCUCCCGCUAUUGUACCACGCCGCGGCACACCCGUUCACCGCCGGAAUGAUGAUAACCAACCGACCGGGGCCGCCAUCGGCGCUCAGAACCACCAUCGCGCUGCUCCUUUCUCUAGGCGCCGACCCGAACAUGACAGUAGAGUUCCGUGGGUCGGACAAUGGACAUGGGGGGUGGUCGAUCUACCUUGACACGCCCUGGAGAGGCUGGUUGAACUGGGUCGUACUCGACCCAACCCCCCCCCAAGACGUAGCAGACAUUGCGGAUAUCACGGCCAUGUUUCUCGCGGCUGGGGCGGAUCCUACACCAAGCGUUCGUAGCUGGAUUCUAUCCUAUCUUUCGGAUCCGAGAAAUCGGAAUACUUUAACCGUGUCAGAUGCGCAGUUAUCUCGCGCGGUUGAUGUGUUGCGAGGACAGCUAUCACAGACGGCCGACGAGGGCAAACAGGAAGAUGGGAGGCCCUGGCUCACGUCGGCUGUAGGGUUCAUACACCCAUUUUAGCUAGGUACUUUCGGAUAACUUCAAUUUCCACCAAUUUCGACCUUGUAAACUACCUACCUAGAUACCCUCAAAACCCGCUGUGACAG